GCUAAUGUUUUGUUUUUGGGGCUAGCUUAGCAUCCACAUGAAUGUUUACAUCGACUGUCACUGUCACAUCUCCUCUGGGGAGUUUGACAAGGACUUGGAAGAAGUGAUUGAGAGCUCAAAAAAGGCUGGGUUAUUAGCAGUUCUAGCCGUAGCUGAGCAUUUUGGAGAGUUUGAGAAGAUCAUAGAUCUGUCAAAAAGGUUUCAAGGGUUUAUUUUUCCAUGUUUGGGAGUUCAUCCUGUUCAAGAGGUUUCCCCAGAACAACAGAGAAGUGCCACUCCACAGGAUCUAGACGCUGCUUUGCCGAUCAUAGAGAAGUACAAAGACCAGCUCGUUGGGAUUGGAGAGGUUGGUCUGGAUUUCACCCCUCGUUUCGUGAGCGGAGACAAAGAUAAAGAAAACCAGAGACAGGUCCUCAUCAGACAAGUGGAGAUCGCCAAACAGCUGGAGCUCCCAGUAAAUGUGCACUCUCGAUCGGCAGGACGACCCACCAUCCACCUCCUCAAAGAGCUUGGAGUGCAGAACGCUCUGCUUCACGCCUUCGAUGGAAAAACAGCUGUCGCCAUGGACGGAGUCAGAGCCGGAUUCUAUUUCUCCAUCCCUCCAUCUAUAAUACGAAGUGAACAGAAGCAGAAACUGGUGAAAUGUCUUCCUCUGGAGAACAUUUGUCUGGAGACGGACUCGCCGGCACUCGGUCCAGAGAAACAGGUGAGGAAUGAGCCCCAGAACAUUCGAGUAUCGGCCGAGUUCGUGGCUAAAGUCAAAGGAGUUUCUGUGGAGAGAGUGAUGGAGGUGACCACUGAGAACGCCCUCAGACUCUUCCCCAAACUCAGAACCAAAAUAAGACUUUAACACAUCGAUAAGGAACUGGAUUUAUCACCACGAUUAUGAAAAAAUAUGAAAAAUGUACUGUACAUUAAAUAUAAUGAUAAUAAGGUGUGUGGUUAUGAAUGAAAUAUGAAAAAUACAGUGGACAUGAGGGGACACAGGGGACAUACAGGGGACAUAUGGACAUACACUGGAUAUAUGGACACAUGGAACAUGAGGACAUACAGGGGACAUGAGGACACAUA